CCUGCUAAUCACCGUUCCUUUCUGGAUUUGAGGUCUGUCUAGCUACCAGUGAGCAAAAGAACUUGAGCUUUUUGAUUCCUGCAGCCCCUGAGAAGGGAUAAUCAUGCAAAAGGAAACCAAGUUUGAUUGCAUUUUUGGUUGCAGUUAAUGAACAUGGUCUUGGACAGAUGCAUGGUCUAGGUACAGAGAGGAUAAAUGAGAACAACUUGAAGGAAAAAAUGAGCAUCAGUUAUCGAGAUUUUUUCUUCCCCUGAUUUGCAAGGGAUGCUGCUGUAAUUCUAUCUGCAGUUUUUCCUGAUCAUUCACCACUCAGCAGUGGGUAGGGAAGUAAGACUGCCUGGCAACCACCUGCAGAGCUGCAGAGAUGAAUUACAUUUUCGGAAACAACACACUCCUUUACUCGCGCGCCAGUCGAGGAGGCAACGCUAGCUCGAGCCAUAGCUCUGCAGGCCCAAAGCAGAAGCAGUGGGCAAAGAAGGGCUCAACAGAUGAGCUACAGGCUGAGCCUUCUCGUUGGCAGCAGAUAGUGGCAUUUUUCACUCGGAGGCACGGCUUCAUUGACUGCAUCUCAGUGGCUGCCAGCUCCACCCAGCCAACAGAAGCUGUUCCUCCCUCUUCUCCCACUGUCCCUGUGAUCCCUGUCCCGCCCGUCCCUGCUGAGACCACUGUCAGCCCAUCUUCCACACAACAGGCAAAUCCCCCUCCAGUACUGGUGAAUACAGAUGCUUUGGAGACUCCAGCAUACGUCAAUGGCACAGAUGCAGAUUAUGAAUAUGAAGAAAUCACGCUUGAAAGGGGAAAUUCAGGGCUUGGCUUCAGCAUUGCAGGCGGUACGGACAACCCGCACAUUGGAGAUGACUCAAGUAUUUUCAUUACAAAAAUCAUAGCUGGGGGUGCAGCUGCCCAGGAUGGAAGAUUACGGGUCAAUGAUUGUAUAUUACGAGUAAAUGAAGUGGAUGUUCGUGAUGUGACGCACAGCAAAGCGGUUGAAGCUUUAAAGGAGGCAGGGUCCAUUGUACGAUUGUAUGUCAAAAGAAGAAAGCCAGUUACAGAAAAAAUAGUGGAGAUAAAGCUUGUGAAAGGUCCCAAAGCAGGUCUUGGGUUCAGUAUAGCUGGUGGUGUUGGAAACCAGCAUAUUCCUGGAGACAACAGCAUCUAUGUAACUAAAAUUAUUGAAGGAGGUGCAGCACAUAAAGAUGGCAAACUUCAGAUUGGAGAUAAGCUUCUAGCGGUGAACAAUGUUUGCUUAGAAGAAGUUACUCAUGAAGAAGCAGUGACUGCCUUAAAAAACACAUCUGAUUUUGUUUAUCUGAAAGUUGCAAAACCCACCAGCAUGUUCAUGAAUGAUAGUUAUGCCCCUCCAGACAUCACCAACUCUUAUUCUCAGCCAGUGGAUAACCAUAUCAGUCCUCCUGCCUACCUGGGGCAGUCACUGCCACCAGCAUGCCCAGGGAGAUAUUCCCCAGUUCCAAAGGGGAUGCUUGGAGAUGACGAGAUUACAAGGGAACCUAGAAAAGUUGUCCUACAUCGAGGAUCAACAGGGCUUGGCUUCAACAUUGUGGGAGGGGAAGAUGGAGAAGGAAUUUUUAUUUCAUUCAUCCUAGCAGGAGGCCCUGCUGAUCUGAGCGGGGAGCUCAGAAAAGGAGACCGUAUCAUUUCAGUUAAUGGUGUUGAUCUCAAAGCUGCAACCCACGAGCAAGCAGCAGCUGCCUUGAAGAAUGCAGGCCAAGCCGUAACCAUUGUGGCACAAUACCGUCCAGAAGAAUACAGUCGUUUUGAAGCUAAAAUACAUGAUUUACGGGAGCAGAUGAUGAACAGUAGCAUUAGCUCAGGAUCUGGAUCUCUACGAACCAGCCAGAAGAGAUCCUUAUAUGUUAGAGCUCUCUUUGACUAUGACAAGACUAAAGACAGUGGCCUUCCCAGUCAGGGACUGAACUUCAAAUUUGGCGACAUCCUCCAUGUCAUCAAUGCUUCUGAUGAUGAAUGGUGGCAGGCACGGCAGGUGACGCCAGAUGGAGAAAGUGAUGAAAUUGGAGUUAUCCCAAGCAAGCGCAGAGUUGAGAAAAAAGAACGAGCCCGCUUAAAGACAGUAAAAUUUAAUUCCAAAACAAGAGGAGACAAAGGGCAGUCAUUCAAUGACAAGCGUAAAAAGAACCUCUUUUCCCGAAAAUUUCCCUUCUACAAGAACAAGGACCAGAGCGAACAAGAAACCAGUGAUAUUGACCAGCAUGUUACCUCUAAUGCCAGCGAUAGUGAAAGUAGUUACCGUGGCCAGGAGGAAUAUGUCUUGUCUUAUGAACCAGUGAACCAGCAAGAAGUCAAUUAUACUCGGCCUGUGAUUGUUUUGGGACCCAUGAAAGACAGAAUAAACGAUGAUCUGAUCUCAGAAUUUCCAGACAAGUUUGGAUCGUGUGUUCCACAUACUACCAGACCAAAGCGAGAUUAUGAGGUGGAUGGAAGGGAUUACCAUUUUGUCACUUCUCGAGAGCAGAUGGAGAAGGACAUUCAGGAUCAUAAAUUCAUAGAAGCUGGUCAGUACAACAAUCACCUUUAUGGGACAAGUGUCCAGUCAGUACGUGAAGUAGCAGAAAAGGGUAAACACUGCAUUCUUGAUGUCUCUGGUAAUGCAAUCAAGAGAUUGCAGAUUGCCCAGCUGUACCCAAUCUCCAUUUUUAUUAAACCCAAAUCCGUGGAAAAUAUCACGGAAAUGAAUAAACGUUUAACAGAGGAGCAGGCCAGGAAGACUUUUGAGAGAGCCAUGAAACUGGAGCAAGAAUUUACUGAACAUUUCACAGCUAUUGUCCAAGGAGACACGCUGGAAGAAAUCUACAACCAGGUGAAACAGAUCAUAGAAGAGCAGUCCGGUCCUUACAUCUGGGUCCCAGCAAAGGAAAAAUUAUGAAAAUAGAGAGAUUUUUUUAUUUUCAUUUUCUAACUAAAGAUGUCAUCUAUUGUAUUUGACAACUCUUCACUCCUUCCAGAGGAGCAUGUCCCUAGCUCUUUGCAGUAUGGGCCACUCCUGACCAUCACAUUCUGCAGUUCCCAUAACUUAUCACAUUUUGAUGUCUGUUUUAGUUUAAAUAAUUUGUAUAAUUGCGUGUUGUUGGUUUGCCAUUUUUCAGACAUGAAGGUGGAAUGGCCUGACCAGCUAUUAAGGGUUGGGGGUGGGAAAUUAUGUGGUAAAAUCCUUAAUGUUUAAGGGAAAGUAACUUUCAGAGAUUUUCAGAAAAGCUUUAUAUACAUUCUUUUAAGAUUUCGUAACAAAUGAAAGUCGUCUUACUUAACGAUGUUGUAAAUUGUGAGCAACUUUGCACGCUUAACUUUAAUAGCAUGGUUUGGCCGAGGCAUUUAAUUUCCAGUUUUAUUUUCUGAGUUGAUUUUUAUUGUCAUAGCAAUUUUUUCUUUAUGGGCAGUUAAUGAGAAACUUUUUUUUAAUUUCCCAGUUAAUUAUUAAUUAACUUCCAUUACUUCGUAAGGCAUAUUCAUUUUCAUAAUUUCAUAAGGAUAUUCUUAUAAUCUAUUUUUUCAUUUUUUGCCAAUAAAAUUGCUAGGGAUAAAGAUGUUUAAUGUUUUUAAUCUCACUCAUGCAACACUAUUUAUGGUGUCUUACAAAAGUUGUUUGUAGAUAAUGGUCAUCACACUUUUUUUGAGUCCUAAACAUCUUUAGGUGCUAGGGAAGUUUGCAUUUUACGAAGGGGCGGCAAAUUUUCGUGGUCAGUAAUACAGAAAAUGUUUGCAGAGAUGGGUGAUCAUUAUGGUAAUGAGACAAAAAGUGAGAUUCAUAGCCUAAAACUAUGUGUGUUCUUAGGGGGUCAGAUUUUAAUGAAUAUUUUACCCACAAUAACUGCCUAUUUUGUUAUAAUAAAAUAUAUAUAUUAAACUUUCUUUAACUAAACUCUGUAACUAUGGGAAUUAUUUUCUUUACAUAGUUGUGCGCGCGCGCACACACACACACAUAUAAAUAUAUAUUAAAUAUAUAUUUUUCUUUUACCACCUAUUCCUUCCUAGCUUUUUGUUUUGAGAAUAAAGAUUAAAUUAGAAUUUAUGUUCUGUAAUCAUGUAAAAUGAAAUCGGGGUAUGGUACCUGGGUAAAACAUUUUGAGGGAUAUUAGCAGCAAAAAAACAAUAUGGGCAAGUUCUCCUCUUUUCUACAAAGUUUCAAAUGUUUGAUUUUUCUUCUUGCCUCCCUCCCAUCCCCCCAUAUGAUGUGCAUGUUUUUAACCAAUGGGAGAAUUUGGAGAAAACAAGUCAGUUUUUAUGUGUGUUUAUCUCAGAUUGCAUCUGUGUUGUGUUCCACAGCUGCUCUCCAUUGGAGAAGAGCAGGUAUCUGUGCUGAGCAAUUAUAAAUAUCUUUUAGCAAAAUGUAGAACUAACAUCAGUCAUGAAAAAUACCACCUAUUACCAACACUGCUCAGUGCUGCCCAUUGCGUAUCUGGAGUUAUGUAUAAGAGAGGUGCAUUUCUGACAGCCUCGGUGCAUUUUCUCCACCAAAUUAGCUUUGAUUUGUAAAGAGCUAUCAACGACAUCUAUUCCAUUUGUCAGAAAGAGGAGAACAGCUAAUAAACUUUAUUGUACAAAA